CCUCUCCUCUCUCUCCCGUUGCCUUCAUCUGCAAAGUCCCCCCCCUGCUGCCUGCCUUGCCCUGGGGAGAAGCCAGCUCAGCUGUUCCUAUUCGCUUCCUGCAUCUGCGCUGCUGCCGUCGCCGCCGCAUAUCCCAUCGCCGUUUCCGUCGCCAGCUGCCAAGUGCUGCUCCUGUCCAUCUGCCGCCAGCUUAUCGUGCUCCGCGCCUCGGCCUACCUGAUUUGAAAAGCUAAAUAUGUCCACGAACCCCACUGCCCCUGCUCGCUUCGACUCGAUGGCUGCCAGCCGCAUGGGUCUCUCCGGCUCAGUGUCUCCAACCGCGGCAACACAUUCGGUGUCCCGGCCAGCUCUGUCGCCGACUCCGGCCAUUCCCCCCAAGCGACACUAUCCCUUUAUUCGAAUCAUCCAGGAAAACAACGUCACCGGCAUUCCAUGGACCUUCCGCUGCAUCGACUCGUCGCCCUUCACCAUCUCCGGCAGCAUCAUCAUCACCAACAUCUUCUCUCCCUUUGCCUUCCGCGACUUCAAUGUGUCCUUCUCCGGGUUCUUCGACAAGGCCAGCCUCCUCGGUAUCAAGCUCAUCGAGACUCUGCCGGUAUCCCUCUCGUUCCCGGCCGAUCACCUUGUCGCCGGCACCACUGACCAGGUCACCACAGGCGUGCACAGGAUCCCCUUCACCAUCACGGUUGAUCCGAUGAAGAUCAACUUGCCGUCCUCCAUGCGACACAAACUGGCUUCCUUCUACUACCAAGUCCGAGUCAACAUCUUGGCCCAGCACUCGAGCACCUCCGGCUUCAUCAGCCACAUGUUUGAUCAGGAUAUUGCCCUUCAGCGCAUUUCGCUGAACGAAAUCCUUGCGGAGCAUGAGCCCAUCACCAUCGAGCAUCCCGAGCUCCGUGACCCUAAAAAGUUCGGCGUCCAGGUUGUGCUGCUCGAUCCCAGCUUUGCUCCCGGCGACAUUAUCAAGCUCCGCAUCUCCCUCUCGUCGAUUCCGUCCUCCGGCAUCCAUUCGAUCGAGUUUGAGCUCUACGAGUUUGUCGAACUUCUGGCCGGUGCCGGUGCCGGUGCUGGUACUGGUGGUGCCAAUGCCAACCAGCACCUGCCUCGGUCCGAGAGAGCAGUCUUCCGCUUCGCUCACCAAAUCAACUCCAAGGAAAAGGAGCUGCAGCUCGCACUCGAUAUCCGCAUUCCUGGCUCGGAUGCCCAGACGGCCAAUCGACCACUCCCCACUGUGAACGCCCACGGCCUCUCUGUCAGCCACGCACUGGCCGUUACUUGUCUCAUGAACGACCGAACAACCGUGCCUCUCUCAAAGCCGAUCCCGGUCAAGAUCCUUCAUCUGGAGCGAAGUGAGCGCGAGCGCCUCGCCCAGGCCAAGAUCAUGGCCUAAUCCUUUGCAGAU